GAGAUGUCAAGCAACGCUUCGUCCGCGACGCUGCACCCGGCGCGUCUCGCGCCCAUAUUCGCCGUCACACCUAGUGCCCCCGGCACGCCUGUGCAUUCCAUCCAGACGAUGCGCAGGAAGUCGGCGGGCCACUCAGGCCCACUGACCAAGAUCCUCGUCGCGAACCGUGGUGAAAUUGCGAUUCGUGUCUUUCGUACCGCGCAUGAGCUCGCGAUGCACACCGUCGCUAUCUACUCGUUUGAAGAUCGCUUGUCAGCGCACCGUCAGAAGGCCGAUGAAGCGUAUCAAGUUGGCAAGGGCCUCACUCCCGUUGGGGCAUACCUCGCGCAAGAGGACAUCAUCAGGAUCGCGCUGCAGUAUGGUGUCGAUAUGAUCCACCCUGGAUACGGCUUUCUCUCCGAAAAUGCUGAGUUCGCGCGCAAAGUUGAGCAGGCUGGCAUUGCCUUCGUCGGUCCGAGUCCAGAGGUCAUCGACGCACUUGGCGACAAGACCAAGGCACGUACGAUCGCCAUGAAAAUCGGCGUGCCAGUUGUUCCCGGUACACCCGGCCCUGUAGGUGAUUACACCGGUGCCCACUCCUUUAUCGAGGAAUACGGGUUCCCGGUGAUCAUCAAGGCUGCGAUGGGCGGCGGAGGCCGUGGGAUGCGUGUUGUGCGCGAGAUGUCCGACUUCAAGAACUCCUUCGAGCGUGCGGUGAGCGAGGCCAAGUCCGCGUUCGGCGACGGCACAGUCUUCAUUGAGCGCUUCCUCGAGCGCCCCCGCCAUAUCGAAGUGCAGCUCCUUGCAGACGCGCAGGGCAACACCAUCCACCUCUUUGAGCGCGACUGCUCGGUCCAGCGCCGUCAUCAGAAGGUUGUUGAGGUCGCUCCUGCGACACAUCUUCCCGAGGAGAUUCGCCAGGCGAUCCUUGGCGAUGCAAUCAAGCUUGCAAAGAGCGUUGGAUAUCGUAACGCCGGUACUGCUGAGUUCUUGGUCGACCAGAUGGGCAGACAUUACUUCAUCGAGAUCAAUCCUCGUAUUCAAGUCGAACACACUAUCACUGAGGAAAUCACCGGCCUUGACAUCGUCGCUGCGCAGAUCCAGAUCGCUGCAGGGGCAACUCUUCCUCAGCUCGGUCUGACUCAGGACGCCAUCACCAAGCGAGGCUUUGCCAUUCAAUGCCGUAUUACUACUGAGGAUCCCGCCACGGGUUUCCAACCAGACACCGGCAAGAUCGAGGUUUAUCGCAGUGCCGGUGGUAACGGUGUCCGUUUGGAUGCCAGCUCCGGUUUUGCGGGUGCCCAGAUUACGCCUCACUACGAUUCGCUGCUCGUCAAGUGCAGUGUCAGCGGCACAACGUACGAGGUUGCUCGCCGGAAGAUGCUUCGCGCCCUAGUCGAGUUCCGUAUCCGUGGUGUCAAGACGAAUAUCCCUUUCCUCUUCCGCUUGCUGACUCACGAUGUCUUCAUCGGCGGCAAGACUUGGACGACUUUCAUCGAUGACACCCCUGAACUUUUCAAGCUUGUGCAGAGCCAGAACCGUGCUCAGAAGCUGCUUGCGUAUCUCGGCGACCUCGCUGUCAACGGCAGCUCAAUCAAAGGUCAACAGGGCGAACCCGGCCUCAAGGACGACGUUGUUGUUCCGCCGUUCCAGAACCGUGACGACCCGAAUGGACCUCCACUCGAUGCAGGCCUGCCUUGCGAGGUAGGCUGGCGCAACAUCAUUGUCGAGCACGGUCCCGAUGCAUUCGCGAAGGCCGUACGCCAGUACCCCGGCGUGCUGAUCAUGGACACAACAUGGCGCGACGCGCAUCAGUCGCUGCUCGCGACACGCCUACGCACGAUCGACAUGGUGAACAUCGCGAAGGAGACUUCCUAUGCACUCGCAAAUGCGUACUCGCUUGAGUGCUGGGGCGGGGCAACAUUCGAUGUCGCAAUGCGUUUCCUGUACGAGGAUCCAUGGGAGCGCCUGCGCACACUUCGCAAGCUCGUGCCGAACAUCCCCCUCCAGGCGCUCGUUCGUGGUGCGAACGGCGUUGGAUAUACAUCCUACCCCGACAACGCAAUCUACGACUUCUCGAAGAAGGCGGUAGAGAAUGGGCUGGACAUCUUCCGUGUGUUCGACUCGCUCAACUACAUCGAGAACCUCCGUCUCGGUAUCGACGCGGCGAAGAAGGCAGGCGGUGUUGUAGAGGCUGUUGUCUGCUACAGCGGCGAUGUCGCCAGCCCGAACGAGACCAAGUACACGCUCAAGUACUACCUUGAUUUCGUCGACGAGCUCGUCACCGAGGGCAUUCAUGUUCUCUGUAUCAAGGACAUGGCGGGUCUCUUGAAGCCCGAGGCUGCGAAACUCUUGGUUGGUUCCAUCCGCGAGAAGUACCCUGACUUACCUAUUCACCUUCAUUCGCAUGAUACGGCGGGUAUUUCGACUGCGUCCAUGCUCGCUGCCGCUGCUGCCGGCGCCGAUGUUGUCGAUGUCGCCAUCGACAGUAUGUCCGGCCUAACCUCUCAACCUCCCAUGGGUGCGAUCUGCUCCGCCCUUGAGCAGACCAACCUUGGCACUGGCAUCCGCUACGCGGACAUCCAGGCGCUUAAUCUGUACUGGAGUCAGGUCCGCAUUCUGUACCAGUGCUUCGAGGCAAAUGUCCGUGCAUCAGACUCGUCGGUCUUUGCGCACGAGAUGCCUGGAGGACAGUACACGAACCUCAUGUUCCAGGCUGCGCAACUUGGACUGGGUACUCAGUGGACAGAGAUCAAGCAAAAGUAUAUCGAAGCGAACGAGCUCUGCGGCAAUAUCAUCAAGGUCACACCCUCCUCGAAGGUCGUCGGCGACUUCGCACAGUGGAUGGUGCAGAAUAAGCUGUCCAAGCAGGACGUUCUCAGCCGUGCCGAGGAACUCGACUUCCCUUCGUCCGUCGUCGAGUUCUUCCAGGGCUACCUUGGCCAGCCUGUCGGCGGCUUCCCCGAGCCGUUCCGGAGCAAGGUUAUCCGUAACAAGCCGCGCAUCGACGGCCGUCCUGGUGCGAGCAUGGAGCCUCUCGACUUUAAGAAGAUCAAGGCCGAGCUCCGUGCCAAGUUCGGCAAACACAUCACAGACUCGGACGUCACGAGCUACGUGAUGUACGCGAAGGUCUUCGAGGAGUACCAGUCGUUCGUCGAGAAGUACGGUGACCUCAGCGUCCUCCCCACACGCUACUUCCUUGGCCGCCCCGAUGUUGGCGAGGAGAUGCACAUCUCCAUUGAGCAGGGUAAAACCCUCAUCAUCCGGCUCAUGGCUGUUGGCCCCGUCAUCGAGAGCCGUGCGCAGCGCGACGUGUGGUUUGAGGUCAACGGCGAGAUCCGUGCUGUGUCUGUCGAGGAUCAGAACUCGGCAGUUGAGACUGUCUCGCGUGAGAAGGCUACCAAUGACCCCGGCUCGGUCGGUGCGACGAUGUCGGGUGUUGUCGUCGAAGUUCGUGUCAAGGAAGGCCAGGAGAUUAAGAAGGGCGACCCGAUCUGCGUCUUGAGCGCGAUGAAGAUGGAGUCAGCCGUCACUGCGCCCGUCUCAGGCCACGUCAAGCGCGUCGUUGUGCAUGAGGGCGACUCUAUUAACCAGGGCGACCUGGUGUGUGAUAUCGUGCACUAGAGUAUGCUGGCAUCGUUUCUAGAUCCCGCGUAUAGCAUGUGUAUUCAUUCGCUCCCUUGGGACCGGUGUAUCAGUAAGUACAAUACGAAGGCCAGAGAAUCUCGUAGUUGCAAUAUAAGUGUGUACAACUCAAAUGAAGCAUCCAAUUCAGUCAAAUUUUCG